UGUCUUUCACUCUCUGUUAGUCUCUUCCUCUUCUCACUUCUUCUUCACUGUCACAACCACAAAUUUUGAGCCUUCCAAAAUUUUCAAUUCUCUCUCCUCUCUCUCUCUGUAAUGAAAAAUUAGGGUUAGAGUUUGGAGUUUGAUAAAUAUGGCCACUACUUCACUACUGCUACCCGAGCUCCUUUUUCUCUCUCCACAAUCCACAUUCAAGCGCCGGGUUUCUCUCUCUAAACCUUCUUCUCUCUCUAGAAACCUUAGGUACGGUUGUGUUUCUGUUCGGACUCGUCGAAUCAGAGCUUUGAAGGAAGAAGGAAGCGCGGUGGUGGAAGUCGAUGAGAGAGAGAGCAAGUUGAUCAAGGAAUUGAAUGGAAAUAAUGGAGCUGCUGCCACUACUCGGUACGAGGAGAGGAGGUACUCGAAUGGCGCGGCGGCGGUGGAGAGUGAGAAUGGGAGCUUGGUGAAGUAUGUGAAUGGAAAUGGUGUGGCGGCGCCGGCGGCAGCGGAGGUGGUGGAGGAUUCGGCGGCGAAGGAGGACGGAAGGAAGAGAAGGCUAGAGGAGAUCGGUAAAGAAGAUGCGUGGUUCAAGCAAGCCGGGAAAGAAGUUGAGGUUUCUGUUACACCUGGUGGCCGUUGGAGUAGAUUCAAAACCUACUCAACAAUACAGAGAACCUUGGAAAUAUGGGGAUUUGUUCUAGCAUUUAUCUUUAAGGCUUGGUUGAACAAUCAAAAGUUCUCUUAUCGAGGAGGAAUGACAGAAGAGAAGAAAACUUUAAGGCGGAAGGCCCUUGCCAAAUGGCUUAAAGAAAGUAUUUUGAGAUUAGGUCCUACAUUCAUCAAAAUUGGCCAGCAGUUCUCCACAAGGGUGGACAUUCUUGCUCAAGAAUAUGUUGAUCAGUUGUCAGAACUUCAGGAUCAAGUUCCUCCCUUCCCAUCAGAGACUGCUGUGUCUAUAGUUGAAGAAGAGCUUGGAGCUCCUGUGACUGCUAUCUUUGAUCGUUUUGACUAUGAACCAAUAGCUGCUGCUAGUCUUGGUCAGGUCCACCGUGCAAGAUUGAAGGGACAGGAAGUUGUUGUUAAAGUACAAAGGCCUGGUCUCAAGGGUCUUUUUGAUAUUGAUCUUAAAAACCUGAGGGUAAUUGCAGAAUAUCUUCAAAAAGUUGACCCAAAGUCAGACGGUGCAAAGAGGGAUUGGGUUGCUAUCUAUGAUGAGUGUGCUAAUGUCUUAUAUCAGGAGAUUGAUUACACCAAGGAAGCUGCAAAUGCAGAAUUAUUUGCAAGUAACUUCAAAAAUAUGGAUUACAUGAAAGUUCCAUCAAUAUUCUGGGAAUACACAACACCGCAGGUUCUGACAAUGGAGUAUGUCCCAGGGAUCAAGAUAAACAAGAUAAAAGCUUUGGAUCAGCUGGGCGUUGAUCGCCAAAGGUUGGGUCGAUAUGCUGUUGAAUCGUACUUGGAACAAAUUCUGUCUCAUGGUUUUUUCCAUGCUGAUCCUCAUCCAGGAAAUAUUGCCGUUGAUGAUGUCAACGGUGGUAGGUUGAUUUUUUAUGAUUUUGGAAUGAUGGGAAGUAUCAGUCCAAAUAUCAGAGAAGGUUUACUGGAAACAUUCUAUGGAGUUUAUGAGAAGGAUCCAGACAAGGUCCUUCAGGCAAUGAUUCAAAUGGGUGUUCUUGUGCCUACUGGAGAUAUGACUGCUGUCAGACGAACAGCACAGUUCUUCCUUAACAGUUUUGAAGAGCGUCUUGCUGCGCAAAGAAAAGAAAGAGAGAUAACAACAGCGGAACUUGGGUUUAAAAAGCCAUUGAGCAAGGAGGAAAGAGUAAUGAAAAGGAAACAAAGGCUGGCUGCAAUUGGGGAAGAUUUAUUAGCGAUUGCUGCGGAUCAACCCUUUCGAUUUCCUGCCACAUUCACAUUUGUUGUUAGAGCAUUUUCAGUUUUAGAUGGCAUUGGGAAAGGCCUUGACCCUCGAUUUGAUAUUACUGAGAUUGCUAAACCCUAUGCAAUGGAGUUGCUAAGAUUUCGGGAAGCAGGAGUUGAAGUUAUCUUAAAGGACAUCAGAAAGAGAUGGGACAGACAGUCAAUUGCAUUCUACAACUUGUUCAGACAGGCUGACAGAGUUGAAAAGCUUGCAGAAAUUAUCCAACGAUUGGAGCAAGGUGAUCUUAAACUGCGAGUUCGUACUUUGGAGUCUGAGAGGGCAUUCCAGCGUGUUGCGGCUGUUCAGAGAACAAUAGGGAAUGCUGUAGCUGCUGGAAGUCUAAUAAACCUUGCAACAAUUUUGUAUUUCAAUUCCAUUCGAGUGCCUGCCACUAUAGCAUAUGCCAUCUGCGCAUUUUUUGGCUUUCAAGUUCUAUUUGGUAUUCUAAAGGUCAGAAAAUUAGAUGAACAGGAGAGGUUGGUUACAGGAACUGCUUAAACAAUUGAUCUAGAGUGGAGAUUCAGCUCAUAUAAAGCUUUCUAAUCAAACAUGCAACAUUCAGUCAUUUGAAGAAAAUAAGAGCUUAAAGGUGCACUUCAUGCAAGGUUCUUAUACCAUCAAUAUGAGCAAAAACUUCCGACUCUCUGAUUCAUGAGAAAAAAAACUUCUCGAGGCUGAACAUUUUCGCUGGAUUCUUCAAAUUCAUAAUUAUAAUGAGAUCAAACUUGCAAAUUGGUUAGCUAAAGUCACUUUGUUGUAAUUAUAAGUUUCAACAAGGAUGUUCCCAAAAGGACUAGAGUCUCUAGACGUGGUGACUUUAUUGGCAGGCUGAUGGCCAUAAAUGAUAGCUCUCAGCCCUACUCAGGAGUUACAUUUAUGACAUAUAUAUUGUAGAUGUUGGCACUGUAGCAUCCCAUCAUAUUUGACAGGAUGGGAUGAACAUUAGCCUGUGUAUAAUUUUGUACCAUGAAGAAAAUUGUUUAAUAAAAUGUGCUCCCCCUUUUUGCUUCUCC